GGAGCCGGGAAAUCUCAUGUCACUGGCUGAGGAAGAUCUUCGUUUCUGCUGUGAAGUUAAGGCUGUAAAUUGUUUUUUAAUUGCUGCUUCAAUGUAGAAUGUUAAGUUGGAAAAUGGGUUAUUUUACAGCAUCUCUUCAGAGAUCUAAGCAUAGGCCUCUUUCACAAAGGUUAGCUGAAAAUAACCUAGUUAUCAAGAGGUGAAAAUAACUCCCUUGGCUAAGUCAGCACUCCUUGUAUGUGACUAACAGGAGCAAUAGGGUAGACUAGAUUAUGAUGCAAUAGCCAAGCACUCAGCAGUCUCAGGCUGAUGGCUGGCUGCUCACUCACACUGUGUGACACAGGUCACAGGUCCUGUCCAUGUCAUCUUUACUCCAGGACCCUCGCACAGGGAGCAGACCUGUCCAGGAUGUUGCUCAUCAAGGCAGAGGGGAAAGAGAGGUGGUGAACAACAAACUGGUUCUUAAUGCCUCUGCCCACCAAAGUGCACAUGGACACUGCAGCGUGUAGACCAGUGGUCUCUCCGACCCACAUCAACACCACCACGGCUUCCGGAACAUUCACAGUGCUUCAGCAGAGGAUGCGAGUAGUGGAGGAACAGACCAGUUCCCUGAGGGACGACCUAAUCAUGCUGGACGGCGGGGACAAAAGAAGUCUGCUGGAAACUCCGAACUCUUUUGAAGACCCUGCCAACCAGAAAGUUGUUAGUCCCAAACAGAGUGAAGUGCUCUGUCCAGCAAAGACAAAUGUCCUGUGGAAGAACUGUGAGUUUCUCGUAAAUCGGAUGUGCCAUCUGGAAAGCCUCAUCCAGUCCUUGAAGAUGAACAUCAUUCGCCUGCAAACGGAAAAGGAUUUGAAUCCACAGAAAACAGCUAUACUGAAGGAUCGGCUGAAUGUAAUCCAGGAGGAGCAUUCCAAAGAUUUGAAGCUGUUGCAUCUUGAAGUGAUGAACUUGCGCCAGCAGCUGAGAGAUGUGAAGGAGGAGGAGGACAAGGCGCAAGACAAGGUGCAGAGGCUGACCGCCACUCUGGAGAUCGCCUCGGAGACCAAGCUCAGGAGACAGCUGGCUCAGGAGAAGCACUUCAGGGAAUCUCUUGAAAAAUCGGGAUCGGCUAUGCUCCACAGGAUACAAGAGAUGGGAUCCGCGGUGGAGGUGGAACGGAAGCAGGUACACAUUUUGCAGCAAAACUGCCUGGCCUUACGCAGCUCUAUACAGACCAACCAAGAACUACUGGCUCAGGAGCAGCAGAAAAAGGGGGAGCUGGAGACCGCUGCUGCACAGCUCAAGGCCGACCUGAUUUCUAGAGAUGAACUCAUUUCCAAGUUGCUUGAAGAAAACAAGAAUAUGCAAAUAUCUUCCAACAAAGAACAUGAAGAAAAUGCAUUUUUGAGGUCUGAAAUAUUAUCCCUUCAUCAAGCAUUAGAAAAAACACAGGUUUUGAAAGACCAGCUGACUAGGAAGUGCUCCGAGCUAAGUGACAUGCUGCAGGCUGCCAGUGUGGAGAAGGCCAACCUCAUCGCUGACCACCAGGCCAUGCUGCAGGUAGAGCAGAAAAUGAUGACUCAGACUUUUCAAGAGCAAAGCCUCCUGCUGGACGCAGCCCAGGCCAGCAUCACAAGCGAGCUGCAGAGCGUUCAGAAGGAGAAAACUCAACUCCAGGCUCACCUGAACCAUUUAACCCUCGAGCAUAACCAGUGUGUGCAGAAAGCCCAGGAUGCUGAGAAAAGGAUGGCCGCGCAGAAGGAGCUUCUGGAAUCCACGAUCGCAAGGCUUCGAGGUGAGCUGGAAGCGCUGGAGCAGGAGAAGGCGGCCCUGCUGGAGGAGAACGAAAGGUUCCAGAGAGAGGCUAGCAAGACAGAAAAAGAAAUAGCACAAGAGAAGUGUGCUUUGGAAAAGGAGCUGGCUAAGAACAAGGUAGAUGUAAAUACCCUCAAUGAAAAUCUGCAGACGCUAGUGGAAGAAAAUAAGCACCUCUCGGAUCAGAUGGCGUCCCUGGGACUGCAGCAGGUCGCUCCCGAUUUCCAUGGGCUCGCCCAGCAAAAGGUGGAAAAAGCCUUGGGAAAAAUUACCGAGAGCAAGAACAAACUGGCCUAUGAAAAGGGACAGCUCCAGGUAAAAGUUAAACAGCUAGAAGAACAACUACAUUCUCUUGCUGAAACCAACUUACAGAAUGACCAUCUACGCAAGUUGAGUAAGACGCUUGAGGCCAAAUACGUUCAGGUGAAAUCCAUUCUUGAGAAGAAUGAGGAGGAGCUGUCCCAAGCGGUGAGGUGCCGGGACGCAGCCCUGCAGCAGAGCCAGAAGCUGAAAGGGGACCUGGAGGCCUUGGAGGACAGGGAAAGCAAGAAGGUGGGAAACUUUCAGCGACAGUUGGCAGAAGCAAAAGAAGACAACUGCAAAGUCACGAUCAUGCUGGAAAACGUGCUGGCUUCUCACAGUAAGAUGCAAGGAGCUCUGGAGAAAGUGCAGAUAGAGCUGGGGCGAAGGGAUUCCGAGAUCGCAGGCCUCAAGAAAGAAAGGUCUCUACACCUGCAGCGGGUGCAGAAGCUGGAGGCCGAGGUGGACCAGUGGCAGGCCAGGAUGCUUGUCGUGGAUGCCCAGCACGCCAGCGAGAUGGAGCCGCUCCAGAAAUCUCUGGAGGUCGCCCGAGAGGACAACAGGAAGCUGGCUGUGAGCCUGGAGCAGGCGCUGCAGACCAACAGCCACCUGCAGACCCAGCUGGGCCACGUGCAAGAAAAACUGGAGAGCAAAGAGCUUGAGUGGCAGAAUUUAGAAACCCUCAGCAGGGAGCGGGUGACAGAGGAGUGCAAAGUGGAAGCCGAGAUGCACGCCGAGCGCAUAGAAAGCCUGAAAAAGCAGUUCCAGGCCGAGAGGGAGACUGCGAAGAAGGCUGCCCAGCGGGAAGUGGCCGAGCUGAAGAAAGCCCUGGACGAAGCCAACUUCAGGUCGGUGGAGGUGUCCAGGGCCAACCGCGAGCUGCGGCAGAGGGUCAGCGAGCUGGAGAGGGAGCUGAGCGGCAGCCAGGAGAAGCUGAGGAGCCAGAAGGCCCAGCUGAAGCGGCACCUGUCGGCGAAGACGGCCCACGCCCAGAACGUGGAGCGGAUGAAGCAAAUAGAAACAGAACUGCGGCAAAUGGAGCUGAUUAAAGAUCAAUACCAGAAGAAAAACUACGAACAGUCCCUGAGCAUCCAGAGGUUCGCGGCAGAGGUGGACAACCUGCAGAAGGAGAUGCAGCUGCUGGCCAAGCGCCAGUGCGAGACCUCGGCCCGGAACAGGCAGCAGGAGCUGCGGCUGAUGGCCGAGCACAAGCUGCGGCAGGAGCUGGAGAGCCGCUGCCAGGAGCUGGAGGAAACGGUCAGACACCUGAAGAGAUGCAAGGAGGUGACAGAGAACAAGCUGAAAGAGGCCAGCAUGGAGUCGGAGCAGAUAACGGCCAACCUGGAGGAGGCGCACCGCUGGUUCAAGUGCAAGUUUGACGGCCUCCAGCUGGAGCUCAGCAGGAACCGGCUGCACAGGCUGCCCCUGGAGGACGGCUGGCCGGAAGAGGACGGAGAUGUGCGGCACAGAGUCACGUCCACGCAGUCUGUCCUGCAACGGUGGGAGAUGAAGCAGAGCCUCGGGCCUGGGUCCAGGAAGCAGCUCCCCGAGGCAGAGAGAAAGAAGUGUCCCUGACCACAGCCGCCCCUCCAGGACUGAGCCUGGCCGUUGCGGGCGGGUCCUGCAGCCGCGGGAGGGGGGACACGGCCUGAGUGUGGGCCCUGGAGCCCGACCUGAGCCUUCCCCACAGACACUUUUGUAUCACCCCAUGCCCCUUCCCUGUCCCCCCAAUAAAUUUAGUUUGUUGUAUGA